CAGAGAGUCAAACGCUACCCCUCCAUCCUCCUCCACACGUACAUCCGGACCCCCAUCUUUGCCUCUAGUGGCCCGUCAUCAGUGCAGACCAAAGGCCUUAUAGCAUGGCUCCUUCAUUAUGGAACCUAAUGAAGCGCUCAACGUCCAACAGCCCGCCGUCGUCGGUUAGACAGAAGAUGGCUCCCGGUAUUGCGAUGCCAGACUCUGAGUCUCGUUCGACGGGAAGCAGCUUGGAGGCUGCGUCGCAGGUCUCUUAUACCAGAGAUGAUGACUACUCAAGCUUCAUGAGCGAUGUCAUGGUUGUUGGUGCAGGACCUGCCGGUCUGAUGCUUGCCGACAACCUAGUACGAUAUGGCAUCAAGACGCGCAUCAUCGACGACCGACCCGACCGCACCUCGACCGGACGCGCUGACGGAAUCCAACCAAAGACUAUCGAGACUUUGCGACAGAUGCGUCUUGCGGAGCCGCUGCUACGAAAGGGUGUCAAGAUUUAUGACAUUGCUUUCUGGAAGUCAACGGCCGACAAACCACUUCAUCGCACUGGUCGUGAGAUUCACUACCCACCGGUAGUCGACUUGCUUGAUCCAUACAUCUUGCUGGUACAUCAGGGCAUGGUCGAAGGCGUCUUGGAAGACGACCUGCGGGAACGAGGUGUUGUCGUUUCUAGGAACACAGCCUUCGUCGACUUCAACUACACACCCAUGUCUAUUCGUCCACUGACGGUCAACUGUCAGCAAGACGUCAAUCAUACAAAGAAGACUUUCGCCACACGUUACAUAGUCGGCUGCGACGGAGCUCACUCGAAAGUGCGCCAUUGCAUACCAGGAGCAACACCUGUGGGCUCAUCGACCGAUGCUGUCUGGGGCGUGCUCGACGGUGUCCUCGAAACCGACUUUCCCGAUAUCUGGAGCAAGGUCGUCAUACAGUCAGACGCCCUAGGCUCUGUCUUGAUGAUUCCUCGCGAGAGAGGUCUGACCCGUCUAUACAUCGAAUUGCGACCGGGAUCGACAGAGGCGGUGGGCGCACAGCAAACUACCCAAGAGUUUGUACAAAAGCGAGCGCAGGCUAUACUACACCCAUACCGACUCGAGUGGAAGACAGUCGAGUGGUUCGGACGCUACAAGAUUGGACAGCGAGUCGCAGCGCGUUUCACCGACGACGAGCAACGAGUCUUUAUCGCUGGCGAUGCCAGCCACACACAUUCCCCCAAGGCAGCGCAGGGCAUGAACACAGGAAUGCAUGACGCUUGGAACUUGGCUUGGAAACUCAAUUUCGCGACGCGCGGUCUUGCGAAGCCUGCUCUCCUCGAAUCGUAUGAGCAAGAGCGACAGAAAAUUGCCAAAGAUCUAAUCGACUUCGACUACGAGCAUGCGAAUGCUUUCCAUGACGGAGACCCGGUAGCGCUUGCAGCAAACUUUACCAAGAACGUCGCGUUCAUCUCUGGUUACGGUGUCAGCUAUGACCCCAAUACUCUCAACGUGCAAGCGAAGGGUUACAAUAGAGGGCAUCUAAAGCCGGGCUACCUGCUGCCACCUGCGAAGGUCACACGCUAUAUCGAUGCUAAUCCGGUCGACAUCCAAACCGACAUACCCGCGCUGGGUCAAUUCCGCAUCUACUUCUUUACUCACAAUGUCCAUGCAUCCAUGCCAUUCUUGGAGAAUGUGUGCCACUCACAUAUAGGAAACAAUUCGUAUGUCGGCCGCGUGACAGCUGCUGGCAACGCCUCAUACACCAUGCAGCCACCUCUCGCAGCACCCCACGACCAAUUCGUCUUGCCCGAGCGGUACACGCCCGUCAGCGGUGUCUUCACAUAUGCUUUAGUGACCGACGAGGAUCGCAACAACUUCGAGAUCCGAGACCUACCAGCCGUACUUCGCGAGUCCGCCUUCACACUAUACCUUGACGACGUUUCAGAUAAGGACACUCGGAAACAGACAUGCAUGGACAAGUGGCUUGAUGGUCUCGAUGAGAAGGAAGUCGUUGUUGUCAAUGUACGUCCAGAUGGCUAUGUUGGUACAGUGCGGAGAUUCGCCGACGGCUCCAAGGAGAGCGGGGCGGCUGCUGUGCAAUGGAUGGAUCAGUACUACGAGCAAUUCCUACGAGAUACUUAGAAGCGCAUAGGUUUGGUCACCUCAACAAUUUUGAGGGUUCAUGUGCAUGGCUUUGGAGUUCAAGGGAAAUUCAAGGUAUCAACCCAGCAGGAAUAGAUUCAUGACUAUAAUGAUCGUUGUUCCCUGCUAUCAUGCGCCUUCCGUAUCAGCCCGCAAUUCAUGCGCGCAUCAUGGCAACGAAGCUCUCGCCCACGCAGACUCGUAAAGAUGAUUGGCAAGACCUUCUAUUGCGGGUUUGGUGUCAGCCAGACGUACGCUUAUCUACUGCAUAUACCCGCUACAGUUAGUCAGUCUUCUGCGCGUGGCUCUUCCCCCACUCUUAUUAACAUCUCCUCUUUGAGACUAUCGCCUUAUCAAUAAAGGCCAGGUUGAGUGCGAUCCUUCAGCCCCAAAUAUGCAGUACGCACGUUAUAGACCUUUUACACGCUACGAUACUGAUCUGUCCCGUGGCGCCAUGCAAGGGAGA